AUGACUUUACGAUUCACUGAGAGUGCGCAGAUGCAGGACAUAAUUCGUAUGUACAACACAAACAUAAACGGAAGAUCUACGAUAGUUAGGUCUCUAACAGGAAUCCGUGGAAUAGGCCUAAGAAUAUCUAAUUUAAUCUGUAAAAAGGCAGAAAUAGACACAUCCCUUCGGGCAGGACAAGUAGAGCAGGAGAAGCUUUCUCUCAUCUCGAAGAUUCUGGAGGCUCCGCAGGAGUUUGGGAUUCCCGUGUGGAUGCUGAACCGGCAGAGAGACCCCCAGACGGGAGAGAACAAGCAGCUGAUUGCAAACCAGGUUGAGGCCGACUACAGGCUGUACCUGGAGAGGGCAAAGAGGCUGAAGCACAUCCGAGGCCUGCGUCUUCUGAAGGGCCUGAAGGUGAACGGGCAAAGGACGAAGUCAAACGGCCGACGUGGGAAAACAGUUGGAGUUUCCAAGAAGAAAUAA